AUGGUCCGCGACUUCAAUCGGGAGCCAUACCCUCGGCAAUGGCAUCCGGACAGGUUUCCAAUUGACCCUCCUCCCCCCGAGGAUGGCAGAUACCACGAAGCUCGCGACGCUCGUAGACCUCCGAUUGAUAUUGAGAAGGCCCUGCGUGAUCACUGCAACAUUCCAGCCAAGAAGUUCUUCAUGGUAGCUGUAUUGGACGAUGGUUCUACACAGGUGUUUGGUAACACGGGAGAAAGACACCAACCUAACGCUUACAGCAAAUUCUUCAGCUUGAAGAAUUUUGUUCGGCACGUCAACAACGUCAGCCACGCGAGUGGUGUGCGUCCUGUUGCCGCUCCCAUACAAGAUGAUUCCGAAUUCAGCCUCGAUGGUGACGGCUACCACCAAGCAUUUGGCGGCGGCAGCUAUGGGUAUCGCACACACGAUCGUCGUCGAAUUGGGACCGACAACUAUGAUGAGGAUGCAACCUACAAGACGCGCAAGAGGCACAGAGCAGCCAUGGGAGGCGGCUAUCGUAGACCCGUAAACGACGACGAUGACGUUGCGAUUGUGGUUGCAUCAAGCUCCAAGAAGACGUUGAAAGUCGGCGACGAUAAGGAUCUCUGGAAUCUCUACGAGCAACGGUUCAAAAAUUGUCAGCAAACAGCCUGCAAGCUCAUCGCCAAGGCCUGGGUCAAGGUGGUUGAGCCCAAGAAACAGACGAAUCAUCCCUACACCGGCCAAGACGAAAAGGCUCCAGAUUGGUGGCCCAAGCCAUGGGGGCCUACAAAAGAAGAGAAAGUCAGGCACAAGGAGCCUGAUCAUCUCUACAAGCGAGAGCGAGUUCAUCUUCUGUGUCACAUCCUUCGAAUGAUCGUGGAACCACCUGAGAAGCAGCACCCAGCCAUCCGCAAGAUGAACUUGAGCAUCCUCAAGCUUGAAGAAGCCACGACGGAAGCCAUGUCAGCAUUCUUUGCGGACAAGGAGAACAAGACAAACGCCAAGAAGAAGCCGUAUCUUGACGAGAUUUUCAAAGUCGCCAAGAUGGAGGAGAGAUUCAAGAACGGCGAAGUUGAUGCGGAUGCACAGGUUUUCGUCAUGUCAGAGGACAAGUUUUCAGAGAACUAUCCCUCGGAUAACGAAGACAAUGGCUUUGUCAAGGAAGAGGACGAACAUCCAUCCAUCACAUCCAGCGUAUCGCCAUCAAAGACAGGAGCACCGCAUGACCUCUUGCACAACUCGACGGGCGAUCACAGCCCUACAGGGCCGUUGCAUGGAGGCGCUUACAUGAGCGAGAUGCCGAUGCGCAGCCAGCAAUAUUCGACUCAGAUGCUGUCCUCGAGCAUCCAUCCCGAUCACCAUUUCGUGGAAACUAGUAGCAUCCACCCGCCUGGCAUGCCACUUCAGGAUCUGGUACCAACGACACACGAUCCGCACCGCCGCGCCUCCUUGUACACCUCACCCACGGAAUACUCUACUACUACCAACGCCGGAAUGUAUACACAGCCAUGGCAAGGGGGCUCAGCUGCUCCUGGUGGCGCUCCCGUCUACUCGUUCACACCGCAGCAAACCGGACAAGGACAAGGACACUUUGCGAACCCUAGUGUGCCACUCAACCAAAAUCAGUAUAUUCCCACGCCGUAUGAUAAUAUGUCACGGGGCGGGUUCGAUCAGGUUUUCCGGCCUGUAAGCGCCAACCAAACGCCGGUUCAGAACUCUCAGGGGUUCCCAGGUUACCUACCUACCGAUACACGCGGAAUGCCUGGGUCUGGCGGGAAACCCGAAGCACUCACAAGAGGGCAGAUGCAUUGA